GCCAGUGUGCACUCUGCCCCAGCAACGAUGGGCAACUGGGUGGUGAACGAGGGACUCUCCAUCUUUGUCAUUCUUGUGUGGCUGGGGUUAAAUGCCUUCCUCUUUUGGUGGUACUACAGAGUAUAUGAUGUUCCAGACAAAUACUACUAUAGCAGACAGCUUCUUGGGUCUGCUUUGGCUUGGGCACGAGCACCUGCAGCCUGUUUGAAUUUCAACUGCUUGCUGAUUCUGCUGCCAGUCUGUCGAAACCUGCUCUCCUUCCUCAGAGGAUCCAGUGCGUGCUGCUCAACCCGUAUCCGGAGACAGCUAGACAGGAACCUCACGUUUCACAAAAUGGUGGCUUGGAUGAUUGCCCUUCAUACUGCCAUACACACCAUCGCACAUUUAUUUAAUGUAGAGAGGUGUGUGGAUGCACGUGUUGAAGCAAAAGGAACUAUUCAAGCUGCUCUCUCUGAUCUUGGUGACAAGUCAGGAGAAACCUACCUGAAUUUUGUCCGAAAAAAAAUCUCGAACCCCGAAGGUGGCCUAUACGUAGCUUUCACAUACUUGGCAGGUCUCAGUGGUGUCAUCAUUACAUUGGCCCUUAUAUUAAUCAUCACAUCAUCCACUAAAACCAUUCGAAGGUCCUAUUUUGAAGUAUUUUGGUACACACACCAUCUCUUUGUCAUCUUCUUUAUUGGACUUGUCAUUCAUGGAGCUGGCCGUAUUGUACGUGGACAGACAGAUGAGAGCUUGAAACAGCAUAAUCCAAAUAAAUGUGACAAGAACUUCACUCAGUGGGGAAAAAUAAGUUCAUGUCCUAUCCCUCAGUUUGCUGGAAAUCCUCCUAUGACAUGGAAGUGGGUAGUGGUUCCUAUGAUUUUGUACUUCUUUGAGAGAUUGGUGCGAUUUUGGCGAUCACAGCAGAAGGUUGUAAUCACAAAGGUGGUCAAUCAUCCCUUCAAAACAUUUGAGCUUCAGAUGAUGAAAAAGGGAUUCAAGAUGGAAGUUGGCCAGUACAUUUUUGUUCAAUGUCCCACAGUGUCUCAUCUGGAGUGGCACCCUUUCACACUGACUUCUGCCCCUGAAGAGGAUUACUUCAGCAUUCACAUCCGUAUUGUAGGAGACUGGACAGAGGGCUUGUCCAAUGCCUGUGGAUGUGACAAACAAGAAUUUCAAGAAGCAUGGAAAUUGCCAAAGAUUCUUGUGGAUGGCCCAUUUGGCACAGCUAGUGAAGAUGUAUUCAGUUAUGAAACUGUGAUGCUGGUUGGAGCUGGAAUAGGGGUCACCCCAUUUGCAUCGAUACUCAAGUCUGUCUGGUACAAAUACUGCAGUGAUGCAACCAGUCUAAGACUCAAGAAGAUCUAUUUUUACUGGCUCUGCAGAGACACUCAUGCCUUUGAAUGGUUUGCUGACCUCUUGCAAUCCCUGGAGAAUCAAAUGCAGGAGAGGGACAAUGCACAGUUUCUCAGUUACAACAUCUACCUAACAGGCUGGGAUGAAUCUCAGGCCACUCAUUUUACAGUACACCAUGAUGAAGAGAAAGAUGUGAUUACGGGUCUGAAACAGAAGACCUUGUAUGGCAGACCCAACUGGGAAAAUGAGUUCAAAACCAUUGCAAGUCAGCACCCAAGUUCCAGAGUAGGCGUUUUCCUCUGUGGACCGGAAGCCCUGGCUGAAACACUCAAUAAGCAGUGUAUCAACAACUCGGAUGCUGAUCCACGAGGAGUACACUUCAUUUUUAACAAGGAAAACUUUUAACUCACUGGCCUUGACAGGAUACUGGAAUAGCUAAAUCCAAAAGCUAAAGAGCUUGUUUCUUUUUCUGUUGGAGUUUGGAGAUUAUGGACUGGAUUCUGAUCUCAGUUACACUAAUGUUAAGCCGUUUGCUUCAGUGGAAUUGCCCUGGAUUUACACUGGUGUAACUUUGGCCUUGGGUCUAUUUGCAUGGGCCUCCACAUUCUGAGCAAUUUAGCAGAAAUCUAUUCUUUGUGAGGUUUGUCUUAACUAACUAUCUUUAGCUUCCUGUCAUUUGUAGUGACUUCCUCAGGCUAUCGAUAGAGGUUGCAUUGUGGGGAGCCAGUUUACACUGAUAAUAGUUUAAUCCUAUGAAACAAAAAAGUGUGUUAGCGUAAUGCUUGCUAUUUAACAUGCAGAUUAUUUUGGCUGCAGGGAUUUUCUGGAAGAAAGCAGAAUUUGGGGAGGGAUGAAUGAGAUUUAGGCUAUGUCUGCACUACAGAUUACUUUGGUACAAUUUAUGUGGCUCAGAGGUGUGAAUAAUCCACACUCCUAAGCCAGUGGUUUUCAAACUUCUUUCU